UGACCACACAACAAAUGGCUUCCACAGGAAAUGGCCUCCGUAGUCAGGGGGAUGAUAACCUCCAGGCCAUGCUGGUGGGGGCGAUGAUGAGGAAAAUUAAGUCUCGUAACUGGAAGAAGCAGCGAUAUUUCAAGCUGGAGGAUGACUUCAUGACCAUCUGGUACCAGUCUAAGAAGGCUGGCAAUGUCCGCUCCACAUUUUCUGUGAAUGAUGUGGAAGCAGUUCGAGAGGGGCACCAGAGUGAGGUCCUCCUCAGUAUUGCAGAUGAGUUCCCACCUGACAGAUGCUUCACAUUGGUCUUUCGCGGUCGCAGGGGCAAUUUGGACCUGGUGGCCGAGUCAGCUGAGGAAGCACAGUCCUGGAUAUGGGGCAUGAGGAAACUGAUUGAGAAUGUGGAAAACAUGGGUGAGAGGGAGAAACUCGAUCAAUGGAUUGGUGAAUGGUUCAAAAAGGCAGACAAGAACAAUGAUGGCAGGAUGAACUUUAAGGAAGUGCAAGACCUGCUGAAGAUGAUGAAUGUGGACAUGAAUGAACAUCAUGCUCACCACCUUUUUACAAUGGCUGAUAAGUCCCAAUCAGGUACCCUGGAGAAUGAUGAGUUUGUGCUCUUCUACAAGAUGUUGACUCAGCGAGAGGAUGUACUGAAGGUAUUUCAGGAAUACUCUGUUGAUGGUCAGAAGCUAUCCCAAAGCAACCUGGAGGACUUCCUUAGAGAGGAACAGCUUGAGGGGGAUGAUAUCCAACUGCAUGCUAAGCAGCUCAUUGAGUGCUAUGAACCCUCGGACAAAGCCAAGCGCAUGAAUGCCAUGACAUUUGAUGGCUUUUUGAUGUACCUCGGCUCAGCUGAAGGCUCCAUUUUUAACCCACAGCAGAGGGGGAUCUUUCAGGACAUGACUCAGCCACUCUGUCAUUAUUUCAUCUCAUCGUCCCACAACACCUACCUGAUGGAGGACCAGCUCAGAGGACAAAGCAGUGUGGAGGGAUACAUCAGGGCUCUGAAUCGUGGCUGCCGAUGUGUUGAAGUAGACUGCUGGGAUGGUGCCAAUGGAGAGCCCAUUGUAUAUCAUGGACACACUUUCACCUCCAAGAUACUUUUCAAGGAUGUGGUUAGUGCAGUUGGAAACUAUGCCUUCAAGGUAUCACAAUAUCCAGUCAUCCUGUCCAUUGAGAACCACUGCAGUGUUGAACAACAGAGAGUCAUGGCACAUCAUCUAAACCACAUUCUUGGUGACAGGUUGUUGAAAACUAUACUGGAUGGCAAGGCCCCCAUCAGACUGCCCUCUCCUGAGGAUCUUAAGGGGAAGAUUCUUGUGAAGGCGAAGAAAGAUGGUGGUUUAGAGCAGAGUUUAAGUGGGAUGGUGGAAGAUUCUCUGAAUGGGGAGGUCAGCGAUGACGAUGAGGCAGCUGAAAUUGAUGAAGAUCACCCACACCAUGAGAGUAUCCAUUGCAGACUCAAGAAGUCAAAGCAACGCCUCUCUAAGGAGCUGUCAGACUGUGUUGUUUACUGCAAAAGUGUCCAUUUCACUAGCUUCAAACACUCACGUAUUCACUCCAAGUUCUAUGAGGUGGCUUCUUUCACAGAGUCUAAAGCCCGGAAACACCUUAGAGACGCCGGGGCUGAAUUUGUGCACCAUAACUCACGGCAGCUGAGCAGAGUUUAUCCCAGUGGUUUUCGAACAGACUCUUCCAAUUUUAAUCCUCAGGAAAUGUGGAAUGCUGGUUGCCAAAUUGUUGCUUUAAACUUCCAGACAGCAGGGGAGGGGAUGGAUGUGAACGAUGGACUUUUUAGUCAGAACGGCUGCUGUGGCUAUGUGUUGAAGCCCAGCUUCAUGAGAGAGGCGGACGUAAGGUUUGACCCUGAGAUGCCUCAGAAACGGGAUCACUACCAUCCUGUUGUCCUCACCGUACAGGUGAUCAGUGGUCAGCAGUUACCCAAAGUCAACAUCAAAGAAGACUCUAUAGUGGAUCCUCUGGUCAGAGUGGAGGUCCAUGGAGUUCCUAUGGACCAGGCCAAGCAAGAGACGAGAUAUAUUGAGAACAACGGGUUUAACCCCAUGUGGUAUGACACUCUGCAUUUCACCAUUCACACGCCUGAGCUGGCCAUGGUGCGCUUUGUAGUGGAAGACUAUGACAAGACAUCUAAGAAUGACUUUGUGGGCCAGUACACACUCCCUCUGAGCUGCAUGCAGCAAGGUUAUCGUCACAUUCACCUGUUAUCCAAAGAUGGGACCAGUAUACCUCCCUCCUCCUUAUUUGUUUACCUCAGGAUCAAACAUCUGGAAUAGCUGUGGGAUUCUUUCUUCAUACUAUAACAUUAAUCUGAAAA